AUGCCAGACACCAAGGAGAUUGUGUUGGACGAGAUCGAGGCCGCAAGAGAAGGUGAUCAGAAGAAUGAAUCAGAACCCACUGAUGAGUAUUCUGGGUUGGGCCCAGAUGGCGCAGAUUUCAUGCGCGGUUAUGGAAUUUCCAAUCAGAAGCGAAUCACACGAAAGAUUGACUGCCGACUCCUGCCUGUUAUGGGACUGCUCUACCUGCUAGCACACAUUGACAGAGGCAAUAUAGGCAAUGCCAAGAUUGAAGGCAUGGACAAGGCAAUUGGCCUCGUAGGAAAUCAAUACAAUAUUGCGACCACAAUCUUCUUUGUCCCAUAUAUCAUUUUCGAAAUACCAUCCAACAUCAUCAUCAAGAAGAUCCGACCGAGCUAUUGGCUCUCCUUUCUCAUGGUGGCCUGGGGAAUAGUGAUGGCUUGCAUGGGGGUAGUAAACAACUUUGGAGAAAUGGUGGCUCUGCGAGUAUUGCUUGGACUAUUCGAGGCUGGCUUCUUUCCUGGCGCCGUCUUUCUCGUCGGACAGUGGUAUCCGAGGCAUGAGCUUCAGCAGCGCCUGGCGCUGUUUUACACGGCUUCAGCAUUCUCGGGCGCACUAAGCGGACUAUUGGCCUUUGGAAUCGCCGAAAUGAAUGGACUGCGCCGUGUCCCAGGGUGGAGAUGGAUAUUCCUUAUCGAGGGUGCCAUCACCGUCUUUGUUGGCCUCAUCAUGUGCUUCUUGAUUGCCGACAGCUACGAGCUCUGCAGCUGGCUGAGCGAAGAAGAGAAGCGCGUCGUCAAGCUUCGCUUGCAAAUGUCUGGUGUGCAGACUGCGACUCAAGAAGGCGACGAGUUCUCUUGGAGACUCCUCGGGCAGACGAUGAUCGAUUGGAAGAUCUGGCUCGGUAUCGUCAUUGGCUGGGCCAAUGCAACCCCCAACGCGGCAUUCAAGUUCACCCUGCCGCAAAUUAUCCAGCAGUUUGGCUUCGACACAAAGACGGCGCAACUUCUUACUAUCCCUCCGUACUUUUGUGGUGGUGUUUCGGCGUGGGUAACUGGGCGCCUUGCCGACAAGCACUCAUGGCGUAUGCCCUUCAUCGUUGGACCGCUGAUUGUCCUAGCUACUGCAUUUGGCAUACUCUUUGGUCUGUCAAAUGACGUGAAGAGUCACAUGCCGGCCAUGUAUUUCGGUAUCAUUCUGGCUGAGAUUGGAUACUAUCCUAUCCUACCGGGUUCCACGUCCUGGGUAAGCAACAACUUGGCCCCGUCUUGGAAGCGAUCAAUGGGAGUUGCCUGGCUGCUUGCGGCUGGCAACUUUGGCAGCUUUGUCGGAACUAAUGUCUUUAUCGACAAAGAAGGCCCUCGCUAUCCGACAGGGUACGGUACCUCGUUGGGCUUCAUCUGCCUUGCAAUCAUUGCUGCAUUUGCCAUGGAAUUCUUUCUAUGGAGAGAGAACAGGGCUAAGAGUAAGGUGUCGGAACGUGAAUUUCGACAACUCCAUACGCAAGCGCAAUUGGAUGCAAUGGGAGAAAAGAGUCCACUUUUUAGGUACAUGCUGUAG